GAAACACCCUAGUUUAAAAAGCACACAGGAAGUAUUGCACACACAUCUCAAGCAACACCACUAGCACAGGCAUGUGAGAAGACUGAUGUGAAAGAUGUAUGGGCUGUGUCGCAUCUUCCUGCUCACCUAUAUGGUGACGGUUGCCAUCCCUGUUUCUUUGGCUUUCAACCUUGAUAUGACACCCUCUGAUAUGUAUUCUGGCGAACAAAAAGAUUUCUAUGGAUACAAAGUGCUUCAAUUCAAAUCUGGAACAAACAAAGGGAUAAUUGUUACUGCGCCUCUAAAUGGAUCUGGAGAAAUAUGCAAACAUGACAAAUCUGAAAAACCCAAGUGCUUCACCCCUAAAGAUAUUUCUUUCCCAAACAAGACAAUACCGGUCAAGCACUUUGGACUGUCUAUAGCUGAAGACUCCACACUCUCACAAUUCACUGUUUGCAGUCCAAGUGUAGCCCAUGAAUGUUAUGACAAUUCCUAUUUGAACAGCGUGUGUUACAAGAUGACAGCUCAUCUACAGCCAGUCUCCUCUAUCACACCUAAUUUCCAAGAGUGCAAAAAACAGACAGUGGACCUCGCCUUUCUAUUUGAUGGAUCCGGGAGUAUGACUGAAGAAGAGUUCCACAAAAAUAAAGAUUUCAUAGUGGAUAUAAUGAAAAAUCUUUCAAGCUCAUCAAUCAAGUUUGCAGCAGUUCAGUUCUCUUCAGAUUACAGGAAGGUUUUUGACUUCAAUGACUAUCAAGCUGGUACUGCUCUUGAUAAACUCAUGAAAGAACCCCAUAUGAAGAAACUCACCAACACACACAAAGCACUCAAAUUUGUGCUGGAACAAAUCUUUGAAAACCCAGGAGCAGGCGCAACUCCUGAUGCAACUAAAGUUCUGGUAAUAAUCACAGAUGGAGACCCCAGUGAUGCAGACAGACAUGGGAUUAUUAAGAAAUAUGAUGAAAAACACAUAACACGCUUUGUCAUUGGGGUGAAAGACGCUAAAAUGGAUAAAUUUAGACUCAUUGCUUCAGAACCAAAAGACCAAAAUGCAUUCAAAAUUGAGAACUACGAGGGACUCACAGGAAUACUAGAAGACUUUCAAAAAAAGAUCUUUAAAAUGGAAGGCUCCAAAGUGUCUCUGGCAGAGGACCUGACUAAUGAAUUAUCUCAGAGUGGAUUCAGUGCUAUUUUCCACAAGGAUACCUUGAUUCUGGGUUCAGUGGGAUCAAAUGGCUGGCGUGGUUCUCUCCAAGAGAUUCGUGGAGAAAAACAAACACAAAUCGAAGAUUCUAUGAUGAAGAAUGCCUCCUACAUGGGAUACUCUGUUUCUGUUGGAGAGAGGAAUUCUGCUCCUCUAUAUUUCACGGGUGCACCACGAUUUGAGCACAUAGGACAGGUCGUACUUUUCAAACAUAAUGGCGAGAAAUGGACUGCAUUCCACAGAGAAAACGGGGAGCAGAUUGGCUCCUACUUUGGUGCAGAGCUGUGCUCAGUAGAUAUCAAUUCAGAUGGUAACACUGAUUUCCUGCUGGUGGGAGCUCCCCUGUUUUUCCAUCCUCAGGAGAGGAGGGAAGGCCAGAUAUACGUCUAUAAACUGACUGAUGAGAGCAAGCCAUUGAAAUCUCAACUGAAUAUAACUGCACCAUCAAUGGGGAGAUUUGGCACCACCAUAGCCAGUCUUGCAGAUCUUAAUGGAGAUGGUCUCCGAGAUGUUGCUAUUGGAGCCCCCCUCGAGGAUGAUAACAGGGGGGCUGUGUACAUCUUCCUUGGAGACAAAAACAAUGGGAUGCGCAGUACUUUCAGUCAGAGAAUCAUGGGACAAAAAAUUAAACCUGGGCUGAGAUUCUUUGGACAGGCCAUUGCCGGGGAAAUCGACCUCGGAGAGGACGGACUCCCAGAUAUUGUGAUUGGAUCACAGGGCAUGGCUGUUGUCCUGAGAUCCAGGCCGGUCUUUAAUGUGACAGCUCAUCUGUCUUUUGAACCAAAGGUGAUAAGCAUAGAGAAAAUUGACUGUGUGGGCACCACAGAUGAAAAUUUACCAAUGGUUACCUUAACAGCCUGCUUUGAGAUUAAGGAAGCAACAAAGAGCAAACAGGGGGCGAUGAGCUCUAGGCUGAACAUCACAUACAUGCUCGAUGUGGAUCCGGCGAGAGCAAUAUAUCGAGGUUUCUUCAGUAAAACUGACAAGAAAGCUAGGAAUCAUACUUCUAACCACGAGCUGCUAAAGUACACCUGCUUCAACCACUCCAUCUACAUGCCAAAAUGUGUGAAAGACACAUUGUCACCCAUCAGCAUCAAAUUAAACUUUUCCCAAGUUGACAGUGAGAGUGCAAGUGCCGUCCUGAAUAUGGACAGCAAAAGGCAGGCUGAAGUUGAGGUUCCCUUUGAAAAGCAAUGUAGAACAAAUGACACGUGCAUAGCCGAACUUGAGGUGGAUUUCAACUUCAUGACCCCAACAUUAUUGAUAACAGAAGAUAACUACUUCAACGUGUCUGUGCAACUGUCCAAUCGUGGAGAUGAUUCGUACAACACCAGCCUGUCAAUGCACUAUCCUCCAGGCCUCUCAUUCUCUACGAUGGUUCUUACACGGGCUACAAGACCAAUGCACCCGAGCUGUCAUGAUCUAGAUGACCUCGACAAAACUAUAUGUGGUAUCAGUCUUCCUGUGUUUCGCAGCAAAUCAGAUGGAACAUUUAAAAUUUCUUUCCACGUCAUGAAUGGAUAUAAGUGGAAUGACACUGUUUCGAUGACCAUUACUGGACAAAGUGAAAAUAUGAACACCACCAUUAUGGGAAAUUCCAAGACCAAAAGCAUUCCAGUACAAUUUGCGGUUAAAUUGGCAGUAACAGUGAGCGAAGACACAAUUAGCUAUCUGAACUUCACACCAGAGGAUGUGGCACCUAAAAAACUGGUUACUGUAUAUAAGAUAGAUAAUACUGGUUGGAAGUCUUUUCCUGUCAGAGUGUCCCUGGUCUUCCCAACUAAACUGGAACAUAACUUUGAAAUGAAGAACCCUCAAGUCUUUGUCGAGCAGAACAAAACUCAAUGCACCAAUUCAUUAGACACCAGUGAUACAAUGUCUGAAUACUGCUCACCAGAAAAACACUGCCAAAAAAUAGUGUGUGACAAUUUCAUCCUGGACAAAGAGUCAGCCACUGAAUUUAGAUUGUCAGGAGAUGUACAAUUUAUUCAUCCCGAAGAGCGUGCAAACAAAUUUCUUACAUAUUACACUGGAGACGUUGCAGAGGUUAAAUUUAAGAGCUUUAUACACGUUCGCUUUGACAAGCAACGAUUUGUGCUGGAUUCUUUUAAACAAGAGGAGGAGGCUGGCAAAAGUGGCUCGAGGAACGAUAAUGAUCCAACAAAGAAAUCGAAACAAGUUCGGGUUGAGCUUAUAAUAUCUCCAUGGGAAACGUGUAUCAUUGCAACUGGAGCUGGACUGGGAUUUUUAUUGCUGUUGAUAAUCACGUUCAUCAUGUUUAAGAUGGGUUGCUUUAAGAGGAAAACGCUCGAGUAUUAUCAAGAACAGGAGGAAGAAGCUGAGCUCAAUACUGGCACCCCUACUAAAUCUGACCAGUCUUUGGAGGACAAGACGCUUCUUGAGGAAAAUUGUCUGCCAACUACUAUAGAGGUGGAAAAGGAUUAAAGAACCUACAAUUACCAACAUGGUUUGAUGAUAUGCUUAAAUUCUAAAGCAUACUGCACACAGAUGAGGUCAUUAUUAGUGAACAACAAUAUUAAUGAAAUAGUUAAUAGAAACAUGCUUAUUCACUUUUUUGUUAAGAGUUAUAUAGGAAGAAUAAUACUUAAUUACUUGUACUGAAUAUGACACUUGAACUGGGAGAUAAAUAGAAUAGAAUAGAAUAGAAUAGAAUAGAAUAGAAUAGAAUAGAACACUUUUUACAUAUAGAGGUUUUGUAAGCCCGAAAUACAACAACACACACACAAAGGGCUCAUAGACAUGAGAAGCCACAUGGCAGUGUCUUGGAGCAGUUAAGGCUUUGGUACCUUGGUCAAGGGCACCCACUGCCCAGGAGGGGAACUAGCACUUCUCCAGUUCACCAUAUUUUUGGUCCAUGCUGGUCUUGAGCCGGCCACCCUCCAGUUCACAAGCCAAGUGCUGAGCUACCACUAAUCUGGGGAGGUCCCAGAAUAGCUCUGCUUAGAAUACCACUAGAAACAUCACCGGACUCUCCUAGCCUGGCUCUGUCCAAAGUUAAUAAAAACCACCAACCAGCACCCCUAAAGCUCAUUGUACAUUACACAUUAUAUCUGGUUGAUUUUUAUCUGUACAGAAACCAAAGUGUAAAAACCACAAUUUUCACAAUUGCAGGGGGUUGUAUGACUUCUUUAACCACUUGACAAAGCCAGGUUAGCCUUCCCUUGCAAUCUUUAUGCUAAGCUGUGCUAUCUGUCUCCUGAUUUAAAAUUGCCUGGUAAUUGAUCAGGAGACGACAGCCUGUUAUCAUGUGACAGAUGCUCCAUACCUACAGUAGGUCACAUGAUGACUCCUGAGCAAAUCCUAAAGAAGACAGUAGAAGCCAGUCAAGAUUUCAGGUUUCAAGAUCACAAACUGGAGAUGUUAUUUUUUAAAGGCUUGAUAUUGAUAUCACAGGUAUUUUCAGGUUACAAUAGACUUUUUUUUAAUGUAAAAGUUAUCCCAAAUAUUGAUGGAGUAGGUUUUCACCCUCAACACUGAAGGUUUCAUUCCUUUAGUUACAACCGGCUUAGUGUGGUCCUCUGAACAUAACUGGUUACAUUUAUUGGUGAAGAGCCGGCGAGGGUUUACAUCCUCUUCACUUUUCUUUAGUAUUAAUAAGGCAUAUAUUAUUUUUGUUGUAAUAUAUUGUACAUUACAAUUAGAUAAUGGAUUAGUCUUGUUUCAUAGCUGACUGUUUGUUAAAAUGUCUAUCUUUAUUACUAUGAAGUGGUAGGUUCGAUGCAUUGUUUAUUGAUUAGUAAGCUUGCAAAACAUUGUCUUUGUAAGCGACACUCCGUGGCUUGGUAGCACUUACAGUAGAUCUUUAAAAAAAAGAGUAGUAACUAAGAAACGAGUAAGGAAUUACCGUAAUCAAUUGAGUCAGUCCUGAGGAGGGGAAACUUUAGGGAUUUCUUCAGGGCUGGCACAGUUGACAUUUAACAGUCUUUCCCCCAAUGCGACAAUGCACAAGUUAUUUGUUUAGUCCUCUGCCCACUUUUCCCUGUAAAAAUAGACCAUGUGGCACAUUUUAUUUUUGUGAGUGUUACUAUGGUGACACAUGGUGGACAUGGUGUAUGGGUGCAUUAUCAAAUUAGUUACCAAAUGACAUCCUGCUAUUCAGGAAAAAAGCAAUUGUGAUACAGGGCAAUGAGGGCACAUGUUGUACUCCUGAACUCUUAUUUAAGUCAGACUAUGGGAGUUAGGAAGCCCAAUAUAUGGUAAAUGGAGGUAACAAGAUUUCAAAUGUAAGGCUUUUCCUUUGUUUAUGUGUGUAUAUACAGUAUAUUUCUUUGCUAUUAAUUGUUUAAGGUCUGUUUACUUGUGCAGUGUUACAGUCAUUUUGUAAAAGGUGUAAUGAUCUCUAUCAAUAAAAAUACUGCCCACCAUG